CCUUGCUGUCACAUAUUGAUUUUGCUCUCAAAGAUGGCGAGCAACGAUAGCAGGCAAGCCCCAGUUGCCACAUACACACCAGCAACGAGAACAAAUCCCGGGCUACUGCAUAUAACCCCGCAUGGUCUGACCAUCACCGGAGAUGUCAUUUUGAGCUUCGUCUGCGUCGAAGGCGAGCGCCGACAUACAAUGAGGAAGAGUCUAAGAUGAUGUCAUGCGGAGGAAUUUCAAACCUUCAAACCUACUUCCGAUCGCUUCAUUUGGUGUUCAUUUUCAGGUGCUGCGUCUGUUUCAUAUGCAUAUAUGUGUGCAAGUGCUUUCUCUUUCUUUUUUACUUGUGUUUCUUUCUUCUUCACUGAGUCAUAUCUUUGCUCUAGAUACUGUUAUAGAUCUAGAGUUACCACAUGUUUCAUUUUGUAUGGACUCACAUACCUACGGGUUUUGUAUAUCUGUUGACGUUUGUCACGUCAGAUUUGUGAUAGGCCGCUCUUGCAGAGACUACUAUCAUAUGCAUAAACUUAAACUUGAAGCACGCGAUCCCAUCAUGCUGCGUACUUGUUCGCUGAGAUGGCAUACCUCGUGCUACCCACGUCCCUUUUUUAUCCCAAUCCGCAGGAACGGCUGUCUUUUUCCUAUCUGUCUGUCUACGGGAGAACUGGCAGGCCCAGAAUAAAGAGCGUGAGCUGAUUCAAUCCCUAACUACUAACGUUUUAUACACAAGCCUGCUAAAAAAAACAUAAACCCUAUGUCGGACCAUAACCCAGCUGUUCGCGGAGAACGCCACCUUGAGUCACGAAUGCA